GCCCAGUCCCACGAGAGCUGGCUCUCCCCACUCGGCAUCACUGUCACUCCUGGCAACCUGCGGGGCGCCGGAGACCUGCUCCUUUAAGAGGAGCCUGAGCCUGGGCCAUCUUUGUUUCUCGCGCCCUCCCGCUGCGCCGGCGGAGCAAACAUGGCCCACGCUGUGCGGGCGCUGUGGCCCGGCGGGCGCGCUCUGACCUGGAGGCUGGGCGGUCGCCCCGCGCUGGGACUCCCCGCGCAGAGCCGGGCCGGCUUAACCGGGGCGGCGGGAGGUCCGGGCCCCGCCGCCACGACCCGCAAGGGUUGCCCACGGCUCCUGGGGGCGGCGGCGCUGGCCCUGGGAGGAGCCCUGGGGCUGUACCACACUGCGCGGUGGCACCUGCGCGCCCAGAACCUCCGUGCCGACCUCUCAGCCGCGCAGCUCUCCCUGUCCAGCCGCCUGCAGCUGACUCUGUACCAGUACAAAACGUGUCCCUUCUGCAGCAAGGUCCGCGCCUUCCUCGACUUCCACGCCCUGCCCUACCAGGUGGUGGAGGUGAACCCUGUGCGCAGGGCCGAGAUCAAGUUCUCCUCCUACAGGAAGGUGCCCAUCCUGUUGGCCCAGGAAGGAGACAGCUUGCAACAACUGAACGACUCCUCUGUCAUCAUCAGUGCCCUCAAGACCUACCUGGUGUCGGGGCAGCCCCUCGAAGACAUCAUCACCUACUAUCCACCCAUGAAGGCUGUGAACGACCAGGGCAAGGAGGUGACCGAAUUCUGCAACAAGUACUGGCUCAUGCUGGAUGAGAAGGAGGCCCAGUGGAUGUAUGGUGGGAAGGAGGCCAGGACGGAGGAGAUGAAGUGGCGGCAGUGGGCAGACGACUGGCUGGUGCACCUCAUCUCCCCCAAUGUGUACCGCACGCCGACCGAAGCCUUGGCCUCCUUUGACUACAUUGUCAAGGAGGGCAAUUUCGGGACCGUGGAGGGCGCCAUGGCCAAGUACAUGGGCGCAGCUGCCAUGUACCUCAUCAGCAAGCGGCUCAAGAGCAGGCACCACCUCCAGGAUGACGUGCGUGAGGAUCUCUACGAGGCUGCCAACAAGUGGGUGGCAGCUGUGGGCAAAGACCGGCCCUUCAUGGGGGGCCAGAAGCCGAACCUGGCUGAUCUGAGAUGUUUUCUUCUGUCUUUGCAUUUCUCAGAGGAGGAUAUGGUUGAUGGCAGAGCCAUGCCGGGGAUAGGGGCCUGACUCCUGACUGGGGCUUUAUCCCUGGGGCUGUGGCAGGCAGAGAGGAGCCUGCCCACACCCUCCUCACCUCCACUAAAUGGUCACCUUGAUGAAAAGUCACCUUGAUGAAAAGGACUGUGCUAACUAGACCCAUUCCCUGUGACGGGCUGGAGAAUGGCCAGUCAAUGCAAGGCCACUACGGGGCACUGAGUCCUGCUUCUGUCACGGAGUAUUUCCCCCAGAGGUGACAACCUCGCCUCAGUUACCUUUUCCCAUAACCAGCAGAGGGCGGUAGAGGAUGCAAAAGCCCUGUAGGGGACGGCAACAAGACCUGGUGCUGCCACCUUGUGGCCAAUUCUGGGAUCGCAUCUUUGGGCCAUCCUCAUUUUCCAGGGACUCUAUUUGCCCAUCUGUAAAAUGGGUUUAGCAUGCAAAGUGCUGAAGAUGAGUAGGUAGGAAAAGUCACACCUUUCAGGGGAAAAGGCCGCAAGCUAGGAGCCCUUGCCCCAUCUUGGUAAUGCUCGGGUCAUGGUGUGUGCCUGUGGGCAUUGGUAGCAGCAGAAGGCCUGAGGUGGGAACUCUGCAAUUGUUUGCUGUGACCUUGGGCAAACCCCAUCCUUGCCCACCCAUGGGCAAGCUCUCGGAGGUCAGUUACCCUUCAUGGGGUUGUUGAAAUCAGGGAUAAGAAGGUUGCACAAAGUUGAUGUGCAUUGUUGAUGUGUGAGGGGUGUUUUUCUGCAGCUGGUGGGGUCUGCUGUCUCU